AUGGAGAAGAAGACGCUGUAUCUUCCUCAUGAAUUGAUCAUUCUCAUCCUGUUGAAGCUGCCGGUGAACUCUCUUAUGCGCUUCAAAUUGGUUUGUAAGUUAUGGUUUUCUCUUAUCUCUGAUUCUCAAUUUGCAUCCUCAUAUUUUGAACAUGCCGGACAUGCCAACUCACACUCUCGUAAAAUUGCAUGGAUGGAACGAUCUUGUAAUAUUAAAUCUAUAGAUUUUGAAGGAUCAAUCGAUAAUGUUUCCCCGAACAUUAAUUUUACGAUUGCUCCAUUUCUUUGGCUUGAAAUUAAAGGUUCAUGUAGAGGGCUUAUAUAUGUGCACACUCGGCGUACAAUUUAUAUAUGGAAUCCAACCACUGGAUUUCACGUAGAAAUACCUAUAUCUCCUUUUGAAUCCAACAAUAUAUCAAGUACUUCAGAUAAUCUUUAUGGUUUUGGUUAUGACCGGUCGAGAGAUGAUUACUUGGUGGUUGCAUGUUGUUAUGAUCCAGAUUUAUAUAAUAUUUCAUCGCGUUUACAGUUUUUUUCAUUUAGAGAUCAUAAGUGGAAAGAAGUUGAGGGUCCUCAUUGCUCUUUUAGGAUUGAAUCUGAAAAUGCGGGGUCGCUCUGUAAUGGGGCUAUUCAUUGGACGGCUUAUCGCGAUUACGACGAGUUAAAAGUUAUUGUUGCUUUUGAUUUAAUGGAAAGGAAAAUGUUAGAGAUACCUUUUUCAGAUGAAUGUGAGCUGGGUUUAAUCAGUGAUGUGUGGGUAUUUGGAGAAUUUCUCAGUGUGUGGACUAAAAAUAAUGACACAUUUGAAAUUUUUGUGAUGAAAGAAUACAAAGUGCAUUCCUCUUGGAUUAAGACUCUUUGUUUUCCUAUUAUUAAUGAAGACCUUCGUUGGUUUAAGCCUGUAUGCCAUACAAAAAGUGGUGAUAUUAUUGGAACAGCUUAUCGUAAAAUUGUGAAGUUAAAUGUUGAAGGACAUGUGUUAGAGAUUACUUCUAACGGCGACAGUUUGGACGGACUCCAAGCUGUCGUCUAUACGGAGUCUCUGCUCUCACUUCCUGGUAGUGACAUUCAGCAAGUUUAAGAUGACACAAAC